AUGUCUAAUCCGUUUUUAAGAAAUCCCUUCAUUAAUAAUACUCCUAAGUCAUCGCCAAAUAAACCUGAUGUUAUCAUCAAUAGCAGAUAUAAUAGUAGCAGCAAUGAUAAUGAUAACGCGAACAAGGAUGUUUUAAAUACACCAAGGGCCAAUAUAAAUAGAAGAAUUAUUAAUGAUAGUGGUAAUAUUGCCAGCGCUAGUAAUAAUUCUCCCUUUUCUUCCCCAACAAAAUCUCUGAGCAGCCCACGAAAAAGAUUAAACAUGAGUAAUUUUGGUACCGACAAUGAUGAUGACGACCAUUAUGGAACCAAAGCUUUAGGUCACAAUUCCAACAUAUUGUCCUCGCCAGUUAAAAAAAGCAGGUCAUUUACUGUAGAUUACUCUUCCGGAAAUGUGACUUAUUUCACAGACAGAUUUCUACCUAAAAGAACGGAAAUUGAUUUAAAUUCUGCAAUAUCAAUUGGAAGCCAAAGGGGCUUGGCAAAUAGGAAGUUAGACGCAGAUUCAGACAAUCAAAUUGAAUAUCAAAAAGAAAAACACGCAAAUCAUAUGUUUGAUGUGAUCUUAAAAAAUGAGUUAUUUGGCGAUAAGUUAGACAAAAGUGCUGGCAGUUCCGCAGGUUCCACUAUAGACAUGAUUAGCCUUGCUAGAAAAAGGAACACAAUACUAAAUACCACCAAUUUAAACAGUACACCAACACAUGGUGUAAUGGGAAACAGCAUGGACAAUACUGAGGAUUUAACUGGCAUUAAUAAUGGUGGUGGUAAUCGGGAUGAUGAUAAUGAUAAUGAUAAUGAUAAUGCUGAUGAUGAUGAUGAUUAUGAUUAUGAUUAUGAUUUGUUGUUAGCAAAUAGAUUGUUGAAUUCCCAAACCAGUAAUAGGAAAAAACCAACAUCAAGUCAUACACAGGGGGCAAACCUAUUAACAUAUACGGACUCCACAGCCAAGAGAAAAGAUAGAAGAAAGUUGCUAAGUGACUCCUUUUUUGACACAAGUGACACCCCUGUUAGGCCGGACUCUAAGAGGUUGUUAUUAACGCCCAAUAGCAAAUACAGAGAUAUACCCAAAGUUCCAUAUCGUGUUUUGGAUGCGCCCGGAUUAGCAGAUGAUUUUUAUUACGAUUUGAUAGACUGGAGUUGUACUGAUCUUUUGGCAGUGGUUUUGGGUUCCUCCGUGUUUUUAACUGACAAUAACACAAACGAAAUUUUCCAACUUUGCACCAACGACGAAGCUCAAUACACAAGUGUGAGUUGGGUGGAUGCAGGUUCUCAUUUAGCCGUUGGAUUAUCUAAUGGUUUAGUAGAAAUAUACGAUGUGGUUAAAAGAAGAUGUAUACGAACACUUUCAGGGCAUGUUGACAGAGUUUCUUGUUUGACUUGGAAUAACCAUAUUCUAACAACGGGAAGCAAAGAUGCUAAUAUUUUCCAUAGAGACGUUAGGAUGGCCAAUCCAUUUUUUGAAACAAUAAAAACACAUAGUCAAGAAGUUUGUGGGCUUCGUUGGAAUCCUGCAGAAAAUAAGCUAGCUUCAGGGGGUAAUGACAAUGUUGUUUGUGUUUAUGAUGGAACGUGCAAAACCCCAUUUAUGAGAAUAACUGAACACAUGGCUGCAGUGAAGGCUAUGGCCUGGUCUCCACACCAGCGAGGUGUUUUGGCAACUGGUGGUGGUACUGCCGAUAAAAGGUUGAAAAUUUGGAAUGUCAACAGCUCCACCAAGUUAAAAGACUUUGACACUGGGUCUCAGAUUUGUAACAUGAUAUGGUCCAAAAAUACGGAUGAGAUUUUGACUACACAUGGGUAUUCCAAUUUUCAACUAACUCUAUGGGACUAUCCAACAAUGAAUCCAAUCGUUACCUUGAAGGGGCAUAGCUUUAGAGUGUUGCAUUUAACUUUAUCUGCUGAUGGUACCACUGUGGUUUCAGGUGCUGGGGACGAAACUUUGAGAUAUUGGAAAUUGUUUGAAAAGGUGAAAAAGCCAACUAUGGAAACAGGUCUACUGAGUUCGUUUAAUAAGUUAAGAUAG